ACUUAAAAAUGUAUCCAAUAUUAUACUUUGAAAAUGUUUAUAUAGGGAAAUUUCCCUAUAAAGGUGUGUUAAAUCCUCUUGCUUUAUAGGGAAAGAUCAUUUAAAGUGUGUAGAAAAGCAAAAUUAUAAUAAGUCAAAACUCAUUAUCAGAAGUGUUGCAUAAAACUAUUUUCCCUUGCUUUGCGUGUGACAUAGCCUAUAAUAAAAGAAAAUUGUAAAUUCGAAUGAAUGUUUUCUGGAUUUUCCAUGUUUACUCUUAGCAGUCGUUGACCUACAGAAACCCUUAAAAAAAAGAAAAGAAAGAAAUAUAUAAUAAAAAGAGACGUGAGUGGCGGUUGCAUAAUCGUGUCACAUUUUCCAAUGAGACAUUUCAUCGGAAUGCGGACCAGAAAAUCCAACAAUUUUGAUACUUUUCUUAAAUUUAUAAUGAGAAUUCUCCAAGAUAAAAACUUUUGGCGGUAAAAAAUGCUAUUAAAAUUUAUUAUAAGAUAAAUGUAUUCCCUAUUUAUAAUAUAUAUAGGAUUAAAGACGAGACGGAAUAUUAAAAUCAGGCAUAGUGUUUACAAAAGUUGAAUAGAAGUCAGCGAAGUAGUGCAAGAUCGCAACCUUUCUCCUUAACCUCUGUUAGAAUACAUUAACCGACAUUCAGACAAGGACGACCCAGAAAAAAAAAGAAGCGCUGACGUAAUGGGCCGUUAUCGACGCCUAACAAUGACGUAAUUAAGCUGGUAUCCGAUGAACCCGCCGAAAUUCCCGAGUAAAAUUCGGUUAAGAAGAGAUAAGGUUUUUGAGAAAAUCUCGAGCAUGCGCUUUAAGAGUGUUGGGACCAUCCAGGAUCUAAGGAGUAGAAAUGUAGGCCAUUGCUACACAGGUCAGUGGAGGGGUUUGUUUGCCUAUAUAACAACUCCCAAUCGUCGUCUCCUAUUCACUUGGCCUAUGCAUUGACGGAUACAACAGUUCUUCAGAUACAAGUGGCAAACAUGCACCCUGGUUAUAUAAUAAUCGUUUUCCUUCUGUCACAGGGUUUUUGCAAAGAAAUUGAUAGCACUCAAGAUUUACAACAAGAAGAAUCUGCAAAUCUUCCUGCCGAACACAGAGGGCAUUAUGGACCUCCUGACGUGCAUCACCACUUAGAGUCUAUAAACGAAGUUUGGCCGGCGGGAAGGCCAGAUAUGCCUCAAGUUAAAGGAUUGAAUGUAAAAUGCGAAAAAAAUCACAUGAAAGUUUAUAUUCAGUUCGAUAGGCCUUUUUAUGGAAUGGUAUUUAGCAAAGGCCAUUACAGUGAUCCCAGUUGUGUUCACAUGCCGCCGAAUUCCGGUCAUUUGGAAGCCAAAUUUGAUAUUUUCCUGGGAGCUUGCGGCAUGUCGGGUAACCAUCACGGGAUCCAAAAUCAUCACGGUGAUGGAGGUGGUGGUCUGUUUAUUGAGAAUACGAUUAUCGUUCAGUACGAUCCUCAAGUACAAGAAAUUUGGGAUCAAGCCAGAAAAUUAAGAUGCACUUGGUACGAUUAUUACGAAAAAGCUGUGACAUUUCGUCCUUUCGGUGUAGAUAUGCUGGAUGCCAUUACCGCAAAUUUUUUAGGUGACAACAUACAAUGCUGGAUGCAGAUUCAAGUGGGUAAAGGACCUUGGGCUAACGAAGUUUCUGGAAUAGUGAAGAUCGGUCAGACUAUGACAAUGGUUCUGGCUAUUAAAGACGACGAAAAGAAAUUUGACAUGUUGGUCAGAAACUGCAUUGCACACGAUGGCCAUCGUCAGCCCAUCCAAUUAGUAGACGAAUACGGAUGUGUAGUACGACCGAAAAUAAUGAGCCCUUUUCAAAAAAUAAAAAACUUUGGAGAAGCAGCUUCAGUAAUGUCUUACGCUUACUUUCAAGCUUUCAAAUUUCCUGAUUCUAUGAACGUGCAUUUUCAAUGCGUCAUACAAGUAUGCAGACGAGAAUGCCCCGAGCCAAAAUGCCCGGGAGAAUUCGAACAUCAACAUUACGUACCCGAACCACGAGAACCUUCGGUAGCUUAUUCUGAUCUGAAUCCAGCCAUUGAAAGUGCUCAAAAUAUCAAAUCAGAAGGCGUUAAAGCACAACAAAUAGCUGUAGAUAUCAAAGCCAGUGGACUGAACGCGCAAGAAUCUAUUAAAAAGAAUAGCGCAUCUCAAGUAUUCUAUAACAGAAAGGGCGAAAUCUCGGAAAAUGACAAAGAGAACGAUCUAGAUCGUAAACCUUUAUAUGCUAUAGCAGGAACAGGGGGAAUGCCGAGGUCACUCAAUGUGACUAGGAGGAAGAGACAGACGGACGAUAUGAAGGAUAUUCAGACACAAAAGGUAAUUCAAGUAGUAGCGCCCGGUGACGUGGCAUUUGCUUUGCCAAACACUCAGAACGAAACGGUGGUAUAUGCCACUCCCAGUCAGCAUAAUACUAGUUCUAUUUGUAUGUCUCUCCCCGGCUUCACUGCAGGAUUGGUAAUUCUCCUCCUCCUCUUCAUUGUGUCCACUCUGGUAGCAGCCUUCCUCUUCUUAAGAAUUAGACAUUUGACGUGUAAAGAAGAACAAGACUGUAUAAAAAACGGUUUCAGCUACGGAAAUCCGAGAGAGAUCGUUAAUGUGAUGAUGCCCGUGACCAAAUGAAGAUGCCCAUAAUUAUUGUAGAAAUGAUUUAAACUUUUGAUAUCGAGUGCCUAAAAAAAAAGGAGAUUUUCUCCCUGUCAUUACGUAUUUAAUGUAACACUUCGUGCACGUUUUAAUUUCACCAUCACCGAAUAAUUUUAACUAUUUUAGUAGAUUGUUUUUGGUAAGCUUACAAGAACUUUGAGGAAGUUUUCACCUAAGCGUUUUACUUCCUUUUGGACAUACUGCUGGGCCAGUCAUUAUAUUUAUUUAAGUACCUUCAAUGAAGUGUAUAGUAAAUCGGAAAUUCCUACUCCUUACAAACUGCCAAUUUGUUUUGCAAAUAACGUAGCUAGAAACUUGGGAGCUUUGACACAUUAACCGAUUACUUUUAUUCUCCCAGAUUCAUAUACUCAUGUUUUCUAACUUAAUAUAUCGAUUUGAAACAUGCCAAGGGAGCGUGUUCAGCCCGUCCUAGACUCGUCUGUAUAUAAUUUUAUUAUUAAAAAUGUUUUAAAUCCUAUUCAUGUUA